AUGGCUGACGACGAGACCGUGAUUGACGUAGACGCUCUGCGAGUUGAAGAACUCAAGGUGGAAUUAGGAAAGCUGAAACUAAAAUGUAGCGGCAACAAGAGUGAGCUGCGCGAGCGCUUGAGAGCUGCCCUCCGACGUAAAGAAGACAAUGAAGAUGAAAAAACGGAGAGUGACACUGACGACGAAGAUGACAGAGAAGAAAAUGACGAGCGGGAGACAGAACCGCUAAGAAGAGAGAUUGUGAGACAGGCGUUAUCGUGCAAGGAUGUUAAAGACUCGAUGCAACCAUUCAGCGGCGAUGGCGGUCAAAACAUCCGUAAGUGGUUGGAAGAAUUCGAAGAAACUUUCGAGAUAUGUGGAUGGCCGGAACCGCAUAAGAUAAUUUAUGCAAAGAAACUGCUGCAAGGAUCAGCAAAGGUGUUUGUGUCCUACGAAAAGCGACUGACGACGUGGGCAAAACUGAAGAAAUCUUUGACUUCAGAAUUCGGAAAAACCGUGAAUAGUAAAAAGGUCCACCAGGAAUUAGUCCGUACGAAGAAGAAAAAUAACGAAUCGUACCAGGAAUACAUGUAUUGGAUGUUGGAGAUAGCGAGUCACGCCGAUAUCGAAACAGAGGCGAAAAUCCAAUACAUUAUUGACGGUAUACAGGACGAUGUCUUUAAUAAGAGUGUUUUAUACGGUGCAUCGGAUAUAAAAGCUCUGCGUAAAAAAUUAUCGCAGUACGAGAAUAUGAGUGUCUCAAAAAUCGAAGCUUCAACGAGUCGAGAAGAAGUCGGGUCCAAAAUCGGAAAAGCCAGGAACGGAAGACCAAGGAUCGAGGAACCAGGAGAGGCGGUGUUACAACUGCGGCGGCAAGAAUCACAUAGGCACAAGCUGUCCCCACAAGAAAAAGGGAAUGAAGUGCUUUUAGUGUGGCUUAUUCGGACAUGUGGCAGCAAAGUGCCCAAAGAAGAGCGAAUCCAGCCAGGUGAACAACGACUUGCACUUGAUGACGGCGAAGCAAUAUGUAAAGACGGUCCGGAAACCGCGUGUAGAGGCAUAGGUCUAAAUAGGAUAACGACAUUAGGAAACUUUACGGCCAAUGUAACAAUAGACGAUGAAAAUUAUGAGCUUAGCAUUCAUGUAAUUCCCGAUGCAUAUUUGAGCAAUGAUUUAAUACUCGGUUCUGAUUUAUUAAAACGCGCGAAUGUACAGUUAAACGGAACGAAUAUUAUAAUCACGAAGCGUAUAGAUAAGAACGACGCGAUAACCUCUACAGAGCAUGUUCCAGAAAUUUUCCGUAUUGAAGUAAUGGACGAUUCUAGGUGCGAAAUUGACGAGCGGUGCCGAUCUAACGUAACGAAAAUUCCAGAAAUUAAUGUAAGCAACGACGAGUUAAAAUUGCGAGUUGAAACGACCAUAAAUAAUUACAAACCAUGCGCGACAAAGCAAGUAGGAAUUAAAUUAGAUCUAAUUUUAAAGGACGACGUACCGGUAUAUGAGCGACCGCGAAGAUUAGCGCCUAGAGACAAAGAGAGAAUAAAUGAGCAUAUUCAAGAGUGGCUGCAACAAGGCAUAAUAAAACCGAGUACGUCCGAAUACGCUAGCACAAUGGUUUUAGUAAGGAAGGGGAACGACAAAACGCGACUCUGUAUAGAUUAUCGAACGCUGAACCGAAAAGUAGUAAAAGAUCGAUACCCCCUGCCGUUGAUUGACGAUCAGCUAGACCGAUUACAAGGAUCAAAUCUUUUCAGCGUGCUAAACCUAAAGAACGGUUUUUUUCACGUGCCUGUGAGCGAAAACAGUCAGAAGUACACCGCGUUCAUAGUACCCGAUGGGCACUUCGAAUUCCUAAAGACUCCCUUUGGCCUUUCUAACGCGCCGGCGAUAUUUCAAAAAUUUAUUAAGCCGUGUUUCGAAAGCACAUAA